CAGCAACCGGGCUACGCGUCAGCCUCUUGGAAGCAGCCAAGUAGUUUGAGGAGGAAAGAUGAGCCGAAUGUACGACUUGAUGGAGCCAAAGGUGAUAGAUGAUGACAUGCUCAAGUUGGCUGUCAUGGAGCAGGGCCCCCAGGAAGAGGCUGGACAGCUAGCCAAGCAGGAGGGCAUCCUCUUCAAAGAUGUUCUGUCCCUACAACUGGACUUCCAGAAUAUCCUCCGCAUAGACAACCUCUGGCAAUUUGAGAACCUUCAGAAGCUGCAGCUGAAUAACAACAUCAUUGAGAGGAUCGAGGGCCUGGAGAACCUCAUUCAUCUCAUCUGGCUCGAUCUGUCCUUCAACAACAUCGAGACCAUUGAGGGGCUAGACACCCUGGUGAACCUGGAGGACUUGAGCUUGUUCAAUAACCGCAUCUCCAGGAUCGACUCCUUGGACUCUCUGGUCAAGUUGCAGGUGCUGUCACUGGGCAACAACCAGAUCAGCAACCUGAUGAAUCUCAUCUACCUGCGGAGGUUCAAGUGCCUGCGAACGCUCAGCCUCUCCGGAAACCCCAUCACCGAGGCAGAGGAGUACAAGAUGUUCAUCCAUGCCUACCUUCCUGACCUUGUGUAUCUGGACUUCCGGCGCAUUGAUGAACAAGUGAAAGAGCUGGCAAAGAUAAAGCACCAGUUCAGCAUCGACGAGCUGAAGCACCGGGAGAAUGUAAUGGAGCUCCGGGCAGAGGAGGAGAAGGCCAAGAAAGAUAUGCUAGAAGAACACAAGUUGGCAUUCAUUGAGUACCUGAAUGGCUCCUUCCUGUUUGACAGCAUGUAUGCUGAUGACACAGAGGGCAACAAGCUGUCCUACCUGCCUGGAGUCAACGAGCUCCUUGAAGUCUACAAGGACAAGUUUGUCAUCAUCUGCCUGAACAUUUUUGAGUAUGGCUUAAAACAGCAGGAGAAGAGGAAAAUAGAACUAGAUACCUUCAAUGAAUGUAUGCUCGAGGCCAUCCACGAAAACCAGGAGCAAGGCAAGUUCAAGAUUGCCAAGUUCGAGGAGAAACACAUGCUGAAUUUAAGCGCCAUCCGAGAAGAGACUGACCUGCCCACCAUUGAGAAGAAGAUAGUGGAGUGCAGUGAGGACAUCAAUGAGCUAUUCAAUGUGCUCAUGACACUGGAGAUGCAGCUGGUAGAGCAGCUGGAGGAGACUAUAAAUAUUUUUGAACGGAACAUUAUCGACUUGGUAGGAAUCUUUAUUGAAAAUGUUCAAGGCCUAAUGGCUCAGUGUCGGGACCUAGAGAAUCACCAUCAUGAGAAGCUCCUGGAGAUCUCCAUCAACACCUUGGAGAAGAUCCUCAAGGGCGAGCUUGACGAGGACCUUCCUGACUCUGUGCGCGCGCUUUUUGUUGACAAAGACACAAUUGUUAAUGCUGUUGGAGCAUCGCAUGACAUACACCUCCUGAAGAUUGAUAAUCGAGAAGACGAGCUGGUGACUGGGAUCAACACUUGGUGUACACAUUUAGUAGACAAGAUUCACAGGGAUGAGAUCACGAGGAACCGUAAGCGAGUGAAGGAGAUCAAUCAAUACACCGACCACAUGCAGAGCGAGCUGGAUAAUCUGGAAUUUGGUGACAUUAUAGAUUAGGUAUAUGUAAGCCAGAGGGUCCCUUCAGAAUAUGGCAUCAGCUCCUACCAUAGGGAGGAGGUGGGCUCAUUUCACCCAAUUCCUCAAUUCAAUCUUCCCUGAUUGCCCUCAAUACCAUAUUCUUUCCCC